CGUAAGGUAUUCUGAAACGUAAUUCAUAAUUGAAUUGACUUUUUCAGUACGGAGUUGUAAGUUUUUAUUUUAAUUAUUUUAUUCUAUUUGUAUUGUUAAGUCUACUGGAAGACCUAAGAAUAUUUUGUAUUAUUUAAUAAAAAUCAGAUUUAUAAAACUGAAAGUGUAGUAAAGAAUUUUCGCCAAUUUGUAGAAUUUAAUAAUUAAAUUUUGUUUACAAAAUGGAUUCAAACAAACGCCAAAAGUCAAGUGACACGGGUAGAAAUGGCAGAAGAAAAAAAAAUCCAAAAAAUAACCGUCAGGGAGAUGAAAGAACUUCUGAAAACCAAACACAAGAACCACAAAAUUCAAGUAAAAGUUACCAAUCUCAUUCAAGAUCUAUAAAACCUAUAUCACAAUGUCUUCAAGGUUCUUCAAAACAAAGUAGUAUUGAACAUGAAAAAAUACUUUAUGUCCAACAAAAAAACCAGAAUCCUCAAUUUAAUCCAUCUAAGCAACUUCUUAAACCACAAAAUAUUCCAGAUGAGCCACUAAAAGAAAAAAGUAAAGAUGAUUUAACAAAAUCACAACAGUCUGAAUUUCCAAGCUUAGAAGAGAACUCAUCUUCUUUACACAAAAAAGAACAAAUAUCUAAGCACAAACAACAAAAAACCUUAAUUACUAAUGAUUCUUUACAUAAAAACCCACCCCGUGAUCCAGAUAUUAAAAAAAGUGCACCAAAAAUAUCACUUCAAAACCCUUCAAAUUCACUGAAUUAUUCUCAAAAGAAAAAUAAAAAACAGACACCAAUACAUCAGAACCCAAUUGAUAAUGCUUCAAAAAAAGAAUCUUAUCCCCAAAAAAGUACCAAAUGCAAUAUUGUACAAAAAUUAUCAGUUCAACCACCAACACAAUUUAAUCAACAAUUAGAAGUUAUGAAGUCUCAGUUAGAUAUACCUAAAAGAAAAAAUACUAAAAUAGGUGGAACUUUAGGAAGAAAAACUGAUAUAGAUGUCAAUCAUUUACCAAUGAAUUUGCAAAAGUUAUUUAAAAAAGAAGUCCAUCAUUAUGAUGUACAGUUUAAUCCUGAUGUUCCAAAAAAAUUGUUGAGAACUGCUUUUGAAGAAUUUAACCAUAAACAUUAUCCUAAUGAUUUAAUUGCAUUUGAUGGACGCAAGAAUAUGUACUCUAUAAGAAAACUUCCUAAUGUAGCAGAUGUUAUAUCUGUCAUGAAUGAAGAAAAUAACAGAAUGAUUGAGUUUAAUAUUUCAACAUCCUGUGUUAAUGUCAUACAAAUGAUUAAAAUUGAAGAGUUUCUGAAAAAUGGAUCAUCAAAUUCUCCUCCACAAGAAGCUUUACAAGUAUUAGAUAUAGUUUUAAAAAACAGACCAUUUUCCUUAAGAUUUGUAAAUGCUGGAAGAUCAUUUUUUCCUUUACCACGGCAAAUUCCUACAGAUCUUGGCGAAGGAAUGGAAAUGUGGAAAGGAUUUUUUCAAAGUCCUGUUAUUGGUUGGAAACCUUACUUAAAUAUAGAUGUUGCUCAUAAAGGAUUUCCAAAAUACCAAAAAUUAACUGAAUAUAUUUAUUAUGAUCUAAAAUGCAAUCUCAAUACAGAGAUGGAUAGUAGAAAUUUAAAAAAUUUAGCAUCUUAUGUGAAAGGAUUAAAAGUUGAUUUUUUAAUACCAAAUCAGCCUAACACAAGACGAUCAUUUAAAGUGAACAAUUUAUUUGAUACUGCUGCUAAAUUUUUCUUUGAAAUAGAAGGUCCUAAUGGAAUUACACAAUCUUUAAAUGUCGUACAAUAUUUUGAAAGAGUGCGCAACUAUAAAAUCAUAUAUCCGAAUUUACCAUGUUUGCAUGUUGGUAGUCCAGCCAAAAAAACUGCUAUUCCAAUAGAGUUAUGUACUGUUCAAAGAGGGCAGAUUCGUAUGAAAAAAUUGACAGAAAUGCAAACGUCUAAUAUGGUUAAAAAUGCUGCUCGUCCACCAUCAGAUCGUCGUAAUAAUAUUGAAAAUUCUAUUAAAGAAAUAAAUUAUAAUGCCGAUCCAGUCUUAAAAGAAUUUGGCAUAGAGAUUCAAGAAAGUUUUGCUAAUAUACCAGCUAGAGUGUUAGAUCAGCCAGUAUUGUCAUAUCAGGAUCAGAGGGAAAUUAAACCUCGUCUUGGUGUAUGGAGAGCAGAUAAGUUUCUAGAAGCCAUCAAGUUGAGCAAAUGGGUUGUACUAAACUUAGAUGUACGCACUAAUGUUCAAAAAAUAAAAGAUUUUGAAAGAGACUUAAUUAGAUCUGGUCGAGAUUUAAAUGUUAAUGUUAGUCCAAUGAAUCCAAUAUACAACAUGCCUGUUCAAAGAAAUUGGAGACUAAAUGAAAUUGAAAGAGAAAUUAAAAAAUUUUUUACCUCUCAAAAACAGAUCAAUAUGGAAUUAAUUGUAGUAAUUAUCCCUGAUUCACCUUUAGGAAUUUAUGCAACUGUAAAGCAGCAAUCAGAACUUCAAGUUGGGGUACUCACUCAAUGCAUUAAGUCUAAAACUAUGUAUAAAAUGAACCCUGCUACAGCAGGAAAUAUAUUAUUGAAAAUCAAUUCAAAAUUAAAUGGAGUAAAUCAUACAUUAGCAGUUCGAUGCUGUCCAAAAACAAUGGAAGGUGCAAUCAUUUUUGGUGCUGAUGUCACUCAUCCGUCACCAGAUCAAACUGCAAUACCUUCUGUUGCAGCCGUAGCUGCCAGUCAUGAUGUUAAAGCAUUUCAGUAUAACAUGGAAUGGCGUUUGCAGUCACCAAAAGUUGAAAUCAUUCAAGAUCUUGAAGACAUUAUACACAUACAACUAUCAAAAUUUAGAGAAAAAACUAAAUCAAUUCCCAAUAAAAUUUUGUUUUUUAGAGAUGGUGUCAGUGAAGGGCAAUUUAUGCAAGUGUUAAAUGAUGAAUUAAUGGCUAUUCGUAGAGCCUGUAUGAGAUUGAAUCCAAAUUAUAAGCCAGCUAUAACAUUUGUUGUUGUACAAAAACGCCAUCAUACCAGAUUUUUCCCUAAAAAUAAAUUGGAUAUGGAUGGUAAAUUUGGAAAUGUUCCAUCUGGAACAAUUGUUGACACCCAUAUAACACAUCCAACUGAACUUGAUUUUUAUCUUUGUAGUCAUGCUAGUAUUCAAGGUACUUCUAGACCAACUAAAUAUCAUUUAUUAUGGGAUGAUAAUAAUCUCUCUGAGGAUCAGUUAGAGCAACUAACAUUUUAUUUGUGUUUUAUGUUUGCUCGAUGUACUCGAUCUGUAUCUUAUCCAGCUCCUACAUAUUAUGCUCAUUUAGCUGCAUUUAGAGCUCGUGCUUACAUUGAAAAUAAAAGAAUUAACUUAAACCGUUUGGACGAAGAGCAGGCAAAUAACAUGUUAAACCAUUCAUUUUGUGUGAAUACGCCAAUGUUUUUUGUUUAAUAAUAUUAAAGCAUUAUUAAUAUAAUAACAUAAAUAUAAGUACUAAUACAUUUUUAUAACAUA